GAAUGAUGGACCACGGCCCGUUUUCUUGACGGCCCAGUAAGUACUUUACCAAAGAUCAAUUGAUUGCGGAUCAGCGUCAAAAGUCAUGCCCAAAUGUUGUCGUCGGCCGCUCCAACCUCCGUCAACUGCCAUCUCAGACUUACACCUUGCUAAUACUCUGCAUGUCUUAUUGCAGUUUGUGGAUCUUUCAAUUGUCUUAAUGUCACCAGAUAGAGGAAUUUAACAGAAUGCAGAACUGCUAAAGCUUCUUUUGUUAUGUGAGAAGUGUGAGCAUGAUGGUGGCAUGGAACCGGGAUUGUCCUAGAUUUUCGAAAAUGUAAAUUCAGAGGUUGGAUUCUCUAUAGAGAAAAUUGUAGUUUCCGGGUACUAUUGCCUGUAUGCCUCUAUCACAAGUGAGUACAAUAUUGAGCAAGUGUUUAACAGUAAACCACGCUAAACAAAUCCAUGCUCAGCUUGUUGUUAACAGUCUUGGUGACGUUGAGGCUGAAUUGGUUUGCCAACUAGCUGCAUCUCUCCGCAGUUUUACUCCAGCUGAUGUUCGCUAUGUUCAAACUAUCCUGCGAUACCUUCAACAUCCGGACUGCUUUUCUUGGUCUUGUGUUAUACGUUCCUUGGCUCAACAUGGACAAUUCAAAGAGGCAUUUUCUCUUCACGUUCAAAUGCAAAGGCUGGGAAUUCAUCCGAGCACAUUUUCUCUCUCGUCUUCUUUGAGAUCAUGUGCUCGUAUCCCUUUUAAGAUUGGAGGCGUAUCCAUUCAUGCACAGGUCCACAAAUAUGAAAUCCUUAAAAGUGUCUAUGUGCAAACAGCUCUUCUGGAUUUUUAUUCUAAACUGGGUGAUAUGAAGGCUGCAAAGAAGGUCUUUGAUGAGAUAGACCAAAAGAAUGUGGUUUCUUGGAAUUCGCUGUUGGCAGGUUAUUUGAAAUAUAAAGAUUUGUCAAUGGCAAAACAGCUGCUUGACCAGAUGCCGUUCAAAGAUAUUGUUUCUUGGAACUCGAUGCUUUCUGGCUAUGCAAGAUCGGGAGAUAUGGAUAAGGCAUAUUUCUUAUUCCAGCAGAUGCCUGAUAAAAAUUUAGCCUCUUGGAAUGCCAUGGUAAGUGGGUACGUGGAAUGUGGAAAGAUAGACAUGGCACGGAGAUUUUUUGAUGCCAUGCCUCAGAGAAACAGCAUUUCUUGGAUAAGUAUAAUUUCCGGUUACUCAAAAUGUGGGGAUGUUGAUGCUGCUCAGAACCUUUUUAUCGAUAUGCCAAAGAAAGACGUGCGGUUAUUCAAUGCAAUGAUUGCUUGCUAUGCUCAAAAUAGCCGACCAAAGGAAGCAAUUCAGUUGUUCAAUGACAUUCUAGAGAGAAAGUUGAUUGAUCAACCUGACAAAAUGACUUUGGCUAGUGUUUUAUCCGCUUGUUCUCAGUUAGGAGAUUUGGAUCGCGGCUCUUGGAUAGAGUCGUAUAUGAGAAGACUUGGCAUUGAAGUGGACGAUCAUUUGGCUACAGCACUAUUAGACUUGUAUGCCAAGUGUGGAAGUAUUGACAAAGCUUACGAGUUGUUCCAUGGCCUAGCUAAGAAAGAUCUAGUUAGUUAUACUGCUAUGAUAGUAGGAUGUGGGAUAAACGGCAAGUCUCAUGAUGCUAUCAAGUUAUUUGAAGAGAUGUUAGAUGUCAAUAUUUCCCCAAAUUUGGUCACAUUUACUGGGAUUUUGACUGCCUAUAACCAUGCUGGUCUCGUUGAAGAAGGCUAUCGGUGCUUUAAUUUGAUGAGUAAGUUCGGGGUGAUGCCUUCUGCUGAUCAUUAUGGAAUCAUGGUUGACCUUCUGGGAAGGGCUGGAAGAGUAGAAGAAGCAUAUGAACUGAUUAAGAGCAUGCCAAUUCUACCUCAUUCUGGAGUUUGGGGUGCGCUGCUUCUUGCGUGCAGAUUACACAACAAUGUUGAGCUUGCAGAAAUUGCAGCACAACACUGCUUCAACUUAGAAAAUGAUAAAGCUGGCUAUUCCUCGCUUCUUGCCAAUAUUUAUGCGUCGAAUGAUAGGUGGGACGAUGUUAAUAAAAUGAAGAAGAAAUUGAACCGUGUGGGAUCAGCACGGAUUCCUGGUUCUAGUUGGGUAUAAAUUCGCAUAGAAGAAUAGAGAUCGUCAAACAUGGAGUUGGCAUCUAAACAUUUGCAGCAAGGAACAUUCUUAUGCAGUUUUUGCUUGACAAGGGAGUAUUCUUCAGGUAUGUAACAUCUAAAUGUACAGUUUCAGAGGCUUGAUUUCAGUAACCACUAGCAUACUGUAUGUCUCUAUUAACAUGGAUUUCUGUUUUAGGAUAGAACCUUAAUUAGACUUACAAAUGGUCGAACUCUUUUUCCCCUUUUAUCUUCAUGAAUAUUGAUUUGUUUCAUCA